AGUGUAAAUGGCUGGAGGAGCACAUGGAAAACAGCGAGUUUUACAAAGAAUAUGAGAGCAUCCCAAUGUGUCGUCGGGGAAGCGAGUGCACCGUCAUUGGUUAUACGAAAUACGUGGACAAAAACCGCUUCCAAGACGUCGUGCCUUAUGACGACACCAGAGUGAAGCUGGUCCCCACCGAGGAGAACAGCAUGGGCUACAUCAAUGCGUCGCACAUUAGAAGACUUCAG